AUGGGUGAAAAAGCCAUCACCUUGUUUCAGUGGGUACGACGAGGCUUCGAGGCCUUCCAAGCCUGCUGUCCGGAUCUGUGCUCUGAGACCCCCGCCCCAGCGAUGCCACCUGCUGGAGCAGAAAACAAACGCUCGGAUGCCAGGACUCCCUUCUAUGACCAGGGUGGCCCUGUGGAGAUCUUGCCCUACCUGUUCCUGGGCAGCUGCAGCCACUCGUCGGAUCUGCAGGGGCUGCAGGCCUGUGGCAUCACCGCUGUCCUCAACGUCUCCGCCAGCUGCCCCAACCACUUUGAGGGCCUUCUGCGCUACAAGAGCAUCCCGGUGGAGGACAACCAGAUGGUGGAGAUCAGUGCCUGGUUCCAGGAGGCCAUAGGCUUCAUUGACUCUGUGAAGAACAGUGGGGGCCGGGUGCUGGUGCACUGCCAGGCGGGCAUCUCCCGCUCUGCUACCAUCUGCCUGGCCUACCUCAUACAGAGCCACCGUGUGCGACUGGAUGAGGCCUUUGACUUCGUUAAGCAACGCCGAGGGGUCAUCUCCCCCAAUUUCAGUUUCAUGGGGCAGCUGCUACAGUUUGAGACUCAGGUGCUGUGUCACUGA